AUGAGUUUAGAGUCCCUGUUUCAGCACAUCCUCUUCACGGAGCAUCAGGCCGAGGAGAACCGCCGCCUGAUGCGCGAAGUCAGGUCAGAAGCAGUAAGCUGUCGUGGACAAAUCCAGAAAGCUAGCCAGCAGCUUAAGGAGGAGAAGCUCCAGCUAGAUGCAAAGGUUCAACAAUUUUCUGAGAAAUCUUUCCUGUUACAGCUUUUGAAAACUCAUGAAAAUGCGUUAGAAAGACAAUGCAGUGAAAUUAUGAACCAAAGAAGUAUGUUUCUUCAAACUUUUGAGGCUACAAAGAAAAAAGCAGAAGACGAGGAGGAAAAAUUUAUUAAGGAAAUUACAGACUUCAAUAAUAAAUAUGAAAUAACAAAGAAUAGAGAGCUUUUGAUGAAAGAAAAUAUCAAGAUCGAAGUAUCUGACUUAGAAAACCAGGCAAACAUUUUGCAAAAGGCAUUAAUAAGUCAGAAAAUACAAAAUCUGGAAAAGGAUGAAGACCACUGGAAAUGUUUACAACUUAAAAAAGAGCUCAAACUUUACGAGGAAGACGACAUGGAAAGUAUUUAUGAAGCCCUCCAAACAGAAAUAGAAGCUUUGGAGUUGACAUUGGCACAGAAAGAACUCCAGGAAAAUAAUGUAUAG